AUCCAAAACGAAGAGAGUUCGUGAGAGAGCUCUCUGAAAACGUUCUGGUGAUGUGCUGCAUGUCCGCCGAGAAGCCGACGGAGGGAGGAGGAGGACGAGCUUCCGGAGUGCGCGCCAGUCUCCGUGAGCAAAUACCGUCACGAUAUACUAGGCUUCGGGGUGGACGACCGUGGGGAUUUUUGUCAAGUGCUGGACCAAGUAACAAUCCGUACGGGAAUAAUGAUGGUAGUUUUGACGAUUCCGUGAUUCCGUCGGAACAUGUGAGGCGAAUGUUGGAGGGAACGGAAUCGGAGUCUUUCAUGGCUAUGAGUCCUUCGGUGACCUCGGUUGAAUCCAUUCAUACGAGAGAGAUGGAAGGAUCGGACAGUUUCGUUAAGACUGACCCUUGGAAGGAUCUUGAUGAGUUUAAGGAUGAUGAUGUCGAGACUAGUGCAGAGUCUGACGAAGACGUGCCUUUGGUUGCUUUGGGAGGAAGCUUCGGGAAUGUUCCGAUCACUGACUUUGUUGUGGUUUCCGACGAUUCUGAUGGUGAAUCUUUAGAAGAGUCUGAAGAGCAGAUGGCGACUGGUUUUCUAUUCGGAGAUAGCGAUAUUGAUGAGCCUAUGUGGGAAGGCCCCGAUGGAGUUUUGUAUGAGUUCAAUUCCGAUGACUCGUGGCAGCCAGGAGUUCAUGCGAAUCCGUACUAUUAUCCUCCGACGCCGGAUAGCUUGUUGACGUUGGAUUCGUUCAGCUCAAUGUCCUUGGGGACAGACUUUGGUGUUUCUGAUGCACCUUCGGAAGGUAAUGCUUCGCGUGAUUCUGACUGUGUUGUGUUUAUGCCGACAGAAUAUGGGAUUCCUAGGCAAGCGCUGGCUUACAACAUGGUAGCACCCGACGUUGAGUUUGCUACACCGCCUAUUCCACCGACUCCAAACUUUGUUGAGAUCUCGUCGGAUAGUGAGUUAUCCGAUGCGGAUGAGUUGGAUAAAUGGGGUGCCGUUUUCCAACAAUGUGAAGAGCGAGCCGUUGAGGAUGUCUAUUUCACCAAGGAGAUUCGCGAGAAGAAGAAGUUGAUGAGGAAGUGGAUGAAGAAGUAUCGGAUCCGAUGUUUGAGUGUGAGACUUUGCGGGAUACUCCGCCACCCGGUGACUUUGGGAUCUAGUUCUAUGGCUACGAUGAUUGAGAACAUGAUUGCUGCGGGUACCCUUGGUAUUGAACCGAUCCGACCACCCGAAAGUAUGCCCGUUUGGAAUGAAAGGAUGAGGAGAUCCGCGGAUGGAACCGUUGUGACUGAGUUGGAACGAGAGGAUGGACGUAGGUCCGAACCUUAUAGUGUGACGCCGUUUUGCUUCACUUGCGGCCAAGAUGGUCAUUAUCUGAGAGCUUGUCCUUAUGUUCGUCACUAUCAUCCUUAUGCUCGCCCGUACGUGAUUUGUUAUGAGUGUGGAGGUCAAGGUCAUUAUGCGACCGUGUGUCCAAGGAAGAGUCCAGAGAAUCCCCGUCCGUCAAGCCCAAGCCCGAGUACGUCCACGAAGAAGAAGAAAAACCUUUGUAUUAAGUAAGAUUACCCUAAACCUUCAGACUGUUGGGUUCCGGCGAGGUAAGUAAGGGUUCUAACUCAUUGUAUGAUUCCGUGUUGCAUUUCAUUCUAGCAUUGCAUUUAGGUUUGUAAUAUUUGGUUGUAAUCGCUUCGGCGAAGAGUAUGGAAGCAAGGGUGUAGUGGUUAUAAAUCCACAUUGUAAGAAAGUUCGAAUGGGUAU